GUGAAAAUAGUAUUAAACGAAUAUUUGAUUAGGAAAAAAUGUUGCAUUUUGUUUUUCUCCCCUUUCUCGAAUAUAUCUCUUCCGAUAUGUUUUUCAUGUGAACAUACUUAUAAUUAGGUCCAUACAAAUAUGUAAAUAUAUAUUGUCCCAUGUUUUUUACCAUUUUGCAUACAGAUACAUUAUUUAGAAUCAAGGUAGCUGAUAAUUGUUUUUUUGCAAGAUUUAUUGCCUUUUUUAAUGACUUUCCAACAUGGAUGCCGAUUAUGAUCCAGAGGAAUAUAGCACAAAUGAAAUGUACAUUUUACCAGGUGAUGAAUUGAAAUUAGAAAACCAGUCUGAAGAAGAUUCAAGGGAGAGCUCUUUUUGUGUUAGCACAGUUUGUGACAAAAUCUUUGCUUGUUAUGUUUGUUCACAAAUUUUACCUUGGGACAGGGUUUCAUCUAGAAAUAUUAGACCCUUUCUUGAAGGACAGACUUAUAUAUGCAAUUAUUGCGACAAGAAAAGCUCUGACAGUAGUAACAAACCUAAAAGUCUAUUGGAUGACAGGGAUAAUGAAUCCCUCAAAGCAGCUAUAAUUGAAACUAUAAACAAUCAAGGAAUUAAUUUUGACACUGUAUACCAGUCUGGAAUUAUACAUCCACCCCAUGGUACCAGUAUGUUAACAUCACAUCCUGGUGAUGUUACACAUCAAAAUUCAGAGGAUUAUCAUCCCCCUUUUUCUGCCAAGGGAAGUAACUUAUUUUCAGUUCAUUCUGAAGAAAGAGUUGGUGAUUUGCCUAUUUUUAAAGUUGGCCAAAUUCAUAAUCAGUUUGUUGAAAGAAAACUUGAAAAUGAAUCGCGAGAAAGUUACACAAAAUUACAAACAGUUAAUCAAGUAAUAAAUGUUCAAGGAAAUGCUGAAAAAGAUUUAGUAAAAAAGUAUCAGAAUAUAACAGAAGAGAUGCUAAAGCAGGGGGAAAGACGUUAUGAAUGUUCUUUAUGUGACAAAAAAUUUAAACGUAGUGCUCAUCUUCAACGUCAUGUAAGAACACAUACAGCAGAGGGGCCGAUAUUUAAAUGUGACGAAUGUGAUAAAUGCUAUAGAGAUUCGUAUAAUUUAGUGCGGCACAAAAAGUGGCAUCAGAAAGAUGUGAUUCCAUUUGAUCCAAAACCAUUCACUUGUGGCAUUUGCGAGAAGAAAUUCCGUGAUAAUUAUGAUUUGCAGCGCCACAUAAGAAUUCACACUGGUGAAACACCAUUUAAAUGCUACAUGUGUGAUCAAGGGUUUAUUGAUAACAGGAGCAUGCAAAAGCAUGUAAAACAACAUAAAGGGGAAAGACUCUGUAUUUGUCCCAUUUGUAAAAAGGGUUUUAUUGAUAAUAGGGCUUUAAAUAGGCACAUAAGAACAUACAAUGGAGAACUUCAUUAUAAGUGCGAUAUUUGUGAUAAAACGUUCAGUAAAAAAGCAGAUGUUUUAUUUCAUAUGAAUACACACUCUAAUAAACUCCAAUUUAAGUGCGAGUUUUGUAAGGAAAGUUUUAGAUCUCUAAGCAAUUAUGAAAUGCAUCAGAAAAUCCACAUUGAUCAGAUAACAUCUAUUGUAGCUUCACCAUCAGGGUUGGGGAGUAAGGAGGAUGAGAUACUAGAUCCACUGGUAAAUAGGGAGGAGUGUGGGAUAUAGGUGGAGUAAAGGGGUACAUGUGUACAGUAUUCAACAACCAAUUAAGUAGAAAAUUUACAGAAAUUGCAAACUAUUGUUAAGUCAAUUUU